AUGGCAUCUAUUGUAUUUCUAUUAGCAUUGUUUAUUUAUGUACAAUGUGAAAUUACAUAUAUUGAAGUAAAAUAUCCAUUAAAAGGAGAACGUUCACCACCAAAUGCAGUAUGGCCACAUCCACAACAAAUCACUACUUCCGAUGAUUUACUCUAUAUUCGUCCUCAUGAUAUUAUGGUCCAUUCUAACAUUCAAACAUGUGAUAUUAUUGCAAAAGCUAUUGAACGAUAUAAACCAAUUUUCUUUCCACCAAAACUUUCAAUGCUUCAACCACCAUCUGAUGCUAAUAACAUUUUACAAAGUUUAACACUAAAUAUACGUGAUAAUUCUCCAUGUGAAGAAUAUAUUCAACAAAAUUCAAAUGAAACUUAUACUUUAACGAUCAAUCAACAAAUGGCAAUUGUUGAAGCUAGUACUGUUUGGGGUUUAUUACGUGGUCUUGAAACAUUUUCACAACUCAUCUAUAUUAAUCAACAAAACUAUGUUGUUAUUAAUAGUUCUGUGACUAUUAUUGAUAGUCCUCGUUUUCAACAUCGUGGUGUUAUGCUUGAUACAGCACGUCAUUUUUUACCAGUAUCAAUUAUUAAAAAGAAUCUUGAUGUAAUGUCAUAUAAUAAACUAAAUGUAUUUCAUUGGCAUCUUGUAGAUGAUCAAUCAUUUCCAUUUGAAAGUACAACUUUUCCAAAUCUAUCUCGAGCAGGUGCUUAUUCACCAGAUCAUGUAUAUACACAAGCAGAUGUUGUUGAUGUUAUUGAACAUGCUCGAUUACGUGGAAUUCGUGUCAUUCCUGAAAUUGAUACACCUGGUCAUACAUAUUCAUGGGGUAAAUCAAUGCCACAAUUAAUAACUGUAUGUUGGGCAAAUGGUCAACCUUAUCAAGCAAUUUAUGGAACACAAGGUGAAAUGGAAAUAUUUAAUCCAAUUGAACCACUUGUUUAUUCAACAAUGGAUGCUUUACUUCGAGAAGUAAAAACAUCUGCUGUAGCUGAACGAUUAUGGAGUGCUGCAAGUGUUAAUAAUUCUGAAGAUGCUCAAUUUCGAUUGGAUGUUCAUCGAUGUCGUUUAUUGAGACGAGGAAUACCUGCUCAACCAAUUUUGCCUGGUUAUUGUGGAAAUUAUGAAUUAGGUAUGCCAAAAUCGAUGAUUAACCAUCCAGCAUUCAAUUAUGAAAAUUUUACUUCGACUAAUUUGGAAAAACGGCAACAGAUAAAAAUACCAUCAGCAUGGCAACCAGACAAAUGGGUCUGUCAUCAUAGUGGUAAUCGACAAUCAACAAUAAUGGAUAAUCAUGAUUAUCAACAAUCAAAAGGAAAAUUAUUGACAACUAGUAGAAAUUUAAAUUCAUCAUCUUCGUCUCAUCGUAUAAGUACAGCAAAAUUGAAAGAACGAAUAGAAAAUUUAAGUUUGAGAAGUGCAGAAUAUCGUCGUUCUGCUGGUAAAUCAAAACUUAAACGUUUAAUUGGUUCUCAUAGUCCAAAAUCUCAUAGAAGUUUAUUAUCAUAUUCAAGUCGUCGUCCUCUUACACCUAUUUUACAUAUUCCUAAAAUGUCAAAACAAGCUUUAAAACGAUGGCUUGAUGCUCGAGACGCAUAUCUUGGUCAUGAAUAUCCAUAUAUACAAGAAAAAUCUGAACAUCAUCGUCGUCGACGUCGACGACAAAAAAGAAAAUCAAUUAAAGAUGAUGAUAAGAUGAUUGAUUAUGAAGCUAUAUCUAUGUUUUCUAUUGAGUCAGAACGAUUUAAUAUAUCGGAACGAAAUUCCAGUGAAAAACAACGUCAAUCAAGUCGAAAAGAAAAUCGUAUUAAAUCAAAUAAAAAUUCUCAAACUAAUCUUCGUCAUAGUGGUGGUUUAUUACAACGUGUUAAAUCAUUUGUACAAUUACCUGCUCGUUCAUUAAGUAGUCUUUCACUUAAAAAACAAAAACAAAAUAAAACACAAAUUAUAUAUGAUCAUUUUGAUGAUAAAUGUAUUGGUACAGAAAUAAGUGAACCAAUAAGAUUUCGAACAAAUAUAGAACGAUAUGAUCAAGCUAUACAAGUUAAUUUAGCACGUCCUCAAAUUGAGUUAUAUCAUGAAUUUGAUACAAGUAUGGUUGAAGGUGAAAAAAAACCGCGAAUACGAUCUGUUCGACGAUAUGUCGAAUAUUGUGACAAAGCAACAGAAACAGAAUUCAUAUUAAAUUUUGCAAAUGUUGAGAAAGAAAAAAGAGAACAAAAAGAAGAAAAUGAAGUCAAUGAUGAUCAUGAUGGUGAUGAUAAGGCCACUCGUCAUAGUAUAAAAGAAGAACAAGAAGAAAUCGACUCAUAUAUCGAACCAUCUAACGUUCAACAACAACAACAAAAACAUUUGUUAUCAAAAAUGUCUGAUAGAAAUAAUCAUCAAAUAAAAAACAAUCAAUCCAUUCAAUUAUCAACAUAUACUAAUACAGGUAAUCGUAUUGUACCAUUAACAGAUCUAUUUCAAACAUCAAAUAAUGAUGAAAUCGAUAAUGAUAAUAAACAAAAUGGAUCACGAUCAACAAUUCUUACAUCAACAGAAUCAAAUAUUUCCAUUCAUGAACAACUUCAAAGACUACGGAUCCGUUUCAAUCACUUAUCACGAGAACGUCGAUUAUUAACUUGUCUUCUAAUUUUAUUUGCUAUUAUUAUGUUUGGUCUACUUAUUGGUAUUUUUAUUUUAUCAUGGACAUUUCAAGGACGAACUCCAAUUAUCUAUCGAGAAAUAAAUUCAACUAAUAUUGGUACCAGUGAUGGAGUCAUACAGCGGAAUGAACGACAAUUAUUGACAUCGAUUAUCAAUAUCAAACCGACUUUAUCAACAAAUAUUAUUGAUACAACAUUCAUGACGACUACUACUAUUCAAUUGACAACAAACACAGAAAAACAACUUGCUCGUUAUGGUGAAUCAUGCGAUUAUGAUAGUGGUUGUGAACGUCCAUUUAUAUGUCAUAAAAAAGGAACAUCAACGCCAGGCAUGUGUCGAUGUCCGUUAAAAUAUGAUUUCAUAAGAGAUCAAUGUGUUGGUGAUCUGAAUGCCUUGUGUACAAAAGAUACUGAUUGUCAACAAUAUAUGCUCUGUAUGGGUAUGAAUGAUGGAACACGUCAAUGUCAAUGUCAGAAACAGUUUGAAUACGAUAAUCCUAGGCGCCGAUGUCGUGGUGAUUAUCAAGCUCCGUGUGAAAGUAAUAUCGAUUGUCGAGCAAAUCUUGUGUGUAAUAAAACAAUAACACCAUCCGUUUGUUCAUGUGAAUCACAUUAUCAAUACCAUCCAUCAGUACGUAAAUGUCGUGGUGAUCCAGGUGCUGUAUGUGAUCGAGCUACAGCUGAAUGUGUUGAUAAUGCUGAAUGUCGUGAUGGAGCAUGUGAAUGUUCACAUCAAUUUGUACCUGAUGAUAAUAAAAUAUGUGUUGAUCCAUGUCCAUCACAAGUACCAAAUCCUGCACGAAUUCGUUAUCCGGGUAAUUGUCGACGAUUUAUUGAUUGUCAACAAAAAUCGAAAACUGAAUGUCCAGAAAUGACAAUAUUCAAUUUACGUACUCAACUUUGUGACUAUCCUAAAAAUGUGUUUGACUGUCGAUAA